CCGAUGAUUUUCAACAAAUGAAAAAAGGAAUGUGGACAGUACCAAUUAAUCUGCCUUUCUCACGAUAUAACAGUAGCCUUCAAGCAAGUUCAAGGGUCCAGAGAAUAAAGAAGUAAUAUCUGAGAUUAUUCACAAUGUUAUGCUCAUCAUGGUUGCUGGACAUGACACUUCUGUUCUUCUCACGUUCUUUGUGCGCCUUUUAGCUAAUGAUCCCGCCAUUUACACAGCUGUUCUUCAAGAAAAGGGACUUAAGACAUUAGGUUGCUUGUUGAUUUGUGGUUGCAGAACAGGAGGAAAUAGCAAAGAGCAAGCCUAAUGGGGAGCUUCUGACAUGGGAAGACCUGGCCAAGAUGAAAUACGCAUUAACAAUUGCCACGGAAACCCUGAGGCGAUUCCCACCAAUCUUUCGUGGCUUCAGGAAAGUUGUAAAAGAUAUCAAGUUUGGUGAAUAUAUUCUUCCAAAGGACUAGCAAGUAAGUAAAAUCAUACAUACAUUCCAUUCAACUUUUUCUUCGCUAUUAUCUUACUGAUUAUUUACUGAUUUGUAUUAAGAUUUUCUGGUUACGGGCAUUACACAAAUGGAUGAUAGCAUAUUUCCUGAACCAUCACAAUUUGAUCCGACAAGAUUGAGAAUCCAGCUUCAAUUCCACCUUACAACUUCAUUCCAUUCGGAGGGGGACCUCGGAUAUGUCCAGGAUACGACUUUGCAAGGAUUGAAACCCUUGUUUCAAUUCACUAUCUGGUUACUCGGUUCACUUGGAAGUUAUAUGUUCAGGCAACUUUUUCAGCAGGCAUCCAAUGCCUGCUCCAACUACAGGCCUACCAGUUCAAAUCAGGCCCAGAAAUCUCUGAUCUUUGCUUGCUUCAAAGAAACUUGCAAGUUUUCUGUUGCUGAUCAAAUGAUGAGAAAUUUUUAUUCAGUUAAAGGAUUAAGUAGGCCUGUAAAAUAUAGUAAGACUCUCAGAAUCAUAAUACCAAACUAGCUCUGUUCAACUGAAAAACUAAAUACUCCAAAUUUAAAAACUCAAGACAGCCAAACAUGUUUCCCAUCCAUGUUAGAAUAAGAGUAAACUCAAACCCAUGUAGCAGCUAAGA